AUGAGUUUGACCAAGAUAUAAGAAACCUUUUUUUAUUGCGUAAUUUCUUUCUUCCAUUUCUUUCCAGAAUGCUACCACUUUACUUAGUGAUAGUAGGAUUUGCUUUUUCUUCUGGUUUGACUGCUAAUAUUGUAGACAAUUCCACAACUUUCAAUUAUGCAGUAAAACUUUGCCCUCCAUGGCAAACGGAGUGCCAAUCCGGAUGUUGUCCAUAUAUGGACGCCGUUUGUUGUAGUGACGGUUUCGAAUGCUGUCAACAUGGCCAGACAUGCAUUCCAUACAUAGGAAUCUGUGUCGGUGCUGAACUCCAUAGUGAAAAUAGGAUUAACUUUUUUACCAAGAAGGCUGUGGCUCUCAAACUUUGGGAUUCAGAAAUGAGAAAAUGCCCGACUCAAUCUACAUCUUGUUAUGAUUUAUGCUGCCCGUUACAAGAUGCUGUCUGUUGUCCUGACAGAGAACAUUGUUGCCCAGAAGGAUACCAAUGCUCACCAAAUGGAUGCACCAUUGAAUCUCGUUCUGUAAACAUAAAUACUGAAAACUGAGUAAAUGGGAAUUUUACAAGAA